CACCAUUCGUCAAAAACUUGAUUAUUCCGAAAACUUGCCCAUUUGGCACGUGUGAGAUUUUCAAAAUUAAGAAGACCCUCGUAGUAGAGUUUCAUAUUGGAACAAUCAACAGCAGAAAUAAUAUAUUUUGGAUCAAAUUUAGCAGAGUUUGUCAGGUUAUAAGGAAUUUUGUCGCCUCUUGUGUACAACGUUUUCUUUAAUUCAUAAAACUUUCUUUUAAUUUAAAUUAAAUUGUGAUAUUGUGUUAUAUAAAAAUUUUGUCCAAAUGGAGGAUAUGAACGAAGAGACACAAUUUGUAGUCGACGAUGUGAGUAAAAUUAUUAAGGAAGCAAUUGAGGUAUCAAUUGGAGGAAAUGCUUAUAUGCACAACAGAGUUAAUCAAUGGACGUCGAAUGUUGUCGAGGCUUGUUUGGGAAAUCUUACAAAACUACAGAAAGCUUAUAAAUAUAUAGUCACGUGUACGAUAAUGCAGAAAAAUGGAGCUGGAUUACAUACAGCGAGUUCUUGUUAUUGGGACAAUGCCACUGAUGGAAGUUGCACAGUUCGUUGGGAAAAUAAAUCUAUGUACUGCAUCGUCUCCGUGUUCGGUCUCUCAAUCUAGGUAUUUGUUAAUUAUACAGAUCUAAUUCAGGCAAGAUCCAAAAAAAAAAAAACAAUGGUGCCCUUGAUAAAAGAAACUCAAAAUUACAAAGACCAACAGCUAAUUGUGAAUUUGAAGUUUUAAAAGAAUUUUUUAAUCAAUGACGAUUGAUUUUUGAAAAUAAUUUUUUUUUUUAUUCAGCUUUUGCAACAAAUGUUAAAUUAUGUAAAUGAUAACAAAAUAUUAUUUAAUGAGAAAAAAUAAAUUAACUUUCUGGUCUUUGCUUAUAUGUAAUAGAAAGAAAAAAAAAAAGAAAUGAAUGAAAGUUUAUAUUCUUAUCAUUCAUAUUUUUCGUGCGCUUAAUUAAACGAUUAAAAUAAAUGAAUUUUAUAAAUAAAAUGAUAAUGUAAUAGUUAUUAAUUGCAAUUUAAUAAUAAUGUAAUUAAGUGAUUAAUAUUGUUAUAAGAUUAAUCAAAUUAAUUAAUAGCACAAUUUUAUUCUUUCAAAGUUUUUCUUUAAAUUGCAAAUAAAUAUUUCUAGAUAAAACGUUAAUAAUAGUAUAUUGAACAUUUGAAACCAUGAUCCCUUUGUUUUUGAAAAAUGAAAAGCGGAGUUUAUUAUUAUUUUAAAAGUACACUUUUAUUUACUGUUGCACAAUCAGAAUAAUUUAGUUGAUAUUUAAUAUUUCGCAACUAAAUCGUUACAGUUUAUUACUGUCUCAAUUUUUUUGCCGAUUAUCUUGGAGCAUUUUCGAAGGAAUUAUUUUUCAUUUCCUAAUAACAUUUUUAUAUUGCAUAAAAAAUAGUUCACUAUCAUAAAAUUUUUAGUUUUUUAAUUAAAUGAAAUUAUAUGAUUUUAUUUAAUCAUUUAUAAAUUCUUACAAUAGAAAAUAUGUUCUUUCUUUUGUUUUUUCUUUUAAAAUAAAUAAAGUUGAAAAUUAAAUGUAACUUAAGUCAGUUAUAAAAAAGGAAUUUUCUUAAAUUAUAAAAAGCUUUUUUUUUGUAUAAAAUUACAUCAUAUAUAAAUGGAUAGUAUAAAAUUAAAAAAUAAAUAAUGGUAACUGACUCAAUUACUUUUAAAUAAGAACUUCUUUCAUUCUCUUUUUAUCAUUGCUCACAAAAUUUGUUUCCAAAUUUUUUUUUGGAAUUAAUUAAGACAUUACUCGUCUUGUAAAUCACAAUUUCUCAACAAAAAAAAAAACAAAAGAAA